UCUCCGACACACUUGUUCGCAGACGCAGGGUUUGAAAUGGCUGUUACCCUUCACACAGAUCUAGGAGAAAUUAAAAUUGAAUUGUUCUGUGAGCGCACACCGAGAACAUGCGAGAACUUCCUUGCUUUGUGUGCCAGUGGGUUCUACAAUGGUUGCAACUUCCACAGAAAUAUUAAAGGCUUCAUGGUUCAAACUGGAGAUCCUACGGGCACAGGCAAAGGAGGAACAAGCAUAUGGGGCCGCAAAUUUGAAGAUGAGUUCAGUGAGCACUUAAAACACAAUGUGAGGGGAGUGGUCUCAAUGGCUAAUAAUGGCCCUAACACGAAUGGCUCCCAGUUUUUCUUCACAUAUGCCAAACAGCCUCAUCUGGACAUGAAGUACACAGCAUUUGGAAAGAUUAUUGAUGGCCUGGAAACACUGGAUGAACUAGAGAAACUGCCUGUCAAUGAAAAGACGUUUCGACCGCUGACUGAAACCCGGAUAAAGGAUGUCACCAUUCAUGCUAACCCUUUUGCUGGAUAGCCGACUUGGACCUCAAGGCCUUUAACAUAGCCAUUACUCUGAUUUUUUUUUUUUUUCCAACAAGCAAAGUGAUACAAUGUAUGGUACCUUGCCAAAGUUAAAUAAGCAAAUUGAUGAGAAAGCCCCCAGACAUCAACAAUUGACAGGACACUGACAGACCCUGCGAAAUGCUAAGUUGAAUAAACAAGAUUAAGUUUUUACACCACACUUUUCCGAUAGAUAUGACCUAGAGUUUAAAUGUCAUUUUAGGUUGUUAUUGUUUUGAUAACCCAACACCUUAGUCACUGAUUUCACAGUUAUAUGCAAAAGCCAGUGGUCUGAUUUCAACAGUUUGUCGCAACAUCUGUGUUGACUUAAUUUUAAGAAAUGGUUUUUCUCCUUUAAAAGCAUGUUGAUAUGUCACAGUCUUUGUAAUGAAGAAGUGCAACUUAUUCUUAACUCAUUCCUUUUCAUGUUUUCACAAUUGACACCAUAAAAAGAAAAGACAUUUCUGGAUGUUUUUUUCUUAAUAGACUGUAAA